GUGGGUGUUCCUAAAUCUUUGGCAACAUUCGACAAUGCAUGCAUUCUUUGCCAUAGCCGGAGUGGUUGGCGUCCUCACUCGAUGCAAGUUCCAGAUCCCCAUGGGACUAGAUCACCUCUUGUUCUCUCUGGCACUUUUCAAUGAAGGUCUGCUCUUCUAUACCCAUUCAAGCCGGAUGUCUGCUCUGGAUCAAUACAUCCACUACAUCUUGUUAAUUCCCAUAUGGACCGGGGCUGUUUGCAGUUUGUUUGAGGUGUGGCACAGAAACAACCCAAUCCUGGAGCUGUUUAGGACUUCCAUGUUCAUAACCCAGGGAACUUGGCUUUGGCAGAUUGCUUUCCUGUUGUGGGGAACCUCCAGUUGGGACCACAAUGACCCAGAAACCUACAUGUUUAUGGCCCUGUGCUACUCUUGGCAUUAUGGGAGUGCCGUUCUCUUCCUCACCUUUACCUAUGGCAUUGUCUAUUGGGUUCUUUGGAUACUGAAAGGAAACUGUGGAGGAGAUGGAAUGGAAAUUCAGAAGUUCAACCAAGCAGACACAAAGACCUACACUGCUCUUUUGAAUGGCUCUGAUGAAGAAUGA